UCCUACCACCUGCGCCGGCACGUGCUCAUCCACACGGGCGAGCGGCCCUUCCAGUGCGGCCAGUGCCACAUGGGCUUCAUCCAGAAGUACCUGCUGCAGCGGCACGAGAAGAUCCACAGCCGCGAGAAGCCCUUCGGCUGCGACCAGUGCAGCAUGAAGUUCAUCCAGAAGUACCACAUGGAGCGGCACAAGCGCACGCACAGCGGCGAGAAGCCCUACAAGUGCGACACCUGCCAGCAGUUCUUCUCGCGGACCGACCGGCUGCUCAAGCACCGGCGCACCUGCGGCGAAGCCUACCUGAGCCUGCAGACCUACUCCGUGGAGAUGCCCGCCAUGUCGCCCGGCGGGGGCAUGAUGGGCGGCGGCGGCGGCAUGGACGAGCUCCAGAAAAGGGUGCCAAAACUCAUCUUCAAGAAAGGAAGCAGGAAGAACACCGACAAAAGCUACCUGAACUUCGUGUCGCCGCUGCCGGACCUGGUGGGACAGAAGUCCUUGUCGGGGAAGCCCGGCGGCCCCCUGGGCAUCGCGGGGAGCGCCGGCACGGAGACCCUCGGCCUCCUCCAGAGCGCCGGCGGCAAGCAGGGCCCGCUGAACAGCAACUACGACGAUGCCAUGCAGUUCUCCAAGAAGAGGAGAUACCUGCCCACCGCCACCAGCAACAGUGCCUUCUCGAUCAACGUGGGCCACAUGGUCUCCCAGCCGUCCGUCAUCCAGGCCGCCGGGGUCAGCGUCCUGGACAGCGAGGCCCCACUGUCGCUGAUCGACUCCUCCGCGCUGAGCGCGGACGUCAAGUCUUGCCACGACAAGUCCGGCAUCCCCGACGAGGUCCUGCAGAGCAUCUUGGACCAGUACUCCAGCAAGUCGGAGGGCCAGAAGGAGGACCCGUUCAGCAUCGCGGAGCCGCGCGUGGACUUGCACGCCUCAGGGGAGCACCCGGAGCUGGUGCAGGAGGGAAGCCUGAGCCCCGGCACCCAGACCCCCUCCAGCGACAAGGCCAUGGUGUUGCAGGAGUACUCCAAAUACCUCCAGCAGGCCUUCGAGAAGUCCACCAACGCGGGCUUCGCGCUCGGACACGGUUUCCAGUUCGUCAGCCUGUCCUCACCUCUCCACAACCACACGCUGUUCCCGGAAAAGCAGAUUUACACUACGUCUCCCCUGGAGUGUGGUUUCGGCCAGUCUGUUACCUCAGUGUUGCCAUCUUCGUUGCCAAAGCCUCCUUUUGGGAUGUUGUUCGGAUCGCAGCCGGGUCUGUACCUGUCUGCUCUGGAUGCCACCCACCAGCAGCUGACCCCUUCCCAGGAGCUGGACGAUCUGAUCGACUCUCAGAAGAAUCUAGAGACUUCCUCGGCCUUCCAGUCCUCAUCUCAGAAACUGCCGAGCCAGAAGGAGCCGCAGAAGAACUUGGAGUCCUCCACCAGCUUUCAGAUGCCCUCUCAGGAGUUAGCGAGCCAGAUGGACCCCCCGAAGGACAUGGAGCCUCGAGCCACGUACCAGAUCGAGAACUUUGCACAGGCGUUUGGUUCUCAGUUCAAGUCGGGCAGCAGGGUGCCAAUGACCUUUGUCAGUAACUCGAACGGCGAAGUGGACCACAGAGUCAGGACUUCGGUGUCAGAUUUCUCAGGGUACACAAACAUGAUGUCCGAUGUGAGUGAGCCAUGUAGUACGCGAGUCAAGACGCCCACCAGCCAGAGCUACAGGUAAGCCCCCAGGUGACAGGCUGGCGGUCGAAGGAUGCGGUUUCUGUUUCGUUCUGAGAACACUGCCAUUGGAAUGUUUGUACACGAUCCUCUUAAGAAUAAUGUAAUGCCCUUUCAAUGCAACUUUUCAUAUUUAGUUUAUUUUGUUAGUGUGAUUUUAGCUCUGUUUCUAUUAUGAUUUUUAAUCGAAAUCAAUAGAUUAAAAAUAGUUUGACAUUCAAAGUGACAAUGUUUAGCAAUCAAAUUUACAUGUAUAGAUCGUCAGGGAAUAGCCCAAAAGUUUUAAAUGCAAAAAAAAGAAAAAAGAAUGAAAAAAAAAAAAGAAAAAAAAAAACGAUGUAAAAAAAAACAAAACAAAAAAACUUUGUUGCUAGGAUUAAGGUUAUUCUAAUUGCUUUACUCUCAGGAAAGUGUAACAAGGCAUGGGAACUCUGUAUGCUGUCACUGUAACGGGAUAUCCAGUUUACAGGUGGUAUGGUAUACGUGUCACCAUUUCAGUAAGGGAUCGAAACAUUUCAAAUUGCUGUCUCCACCUGGGCUGAGGCGAAGUUCCGAGAUGUGGGCAACCCGUGUCCUGUGGCGGCUUCUUACGGUGCCCCGAGCUUCCCGACCACGUCCACCCCAGCCGGGCAGGACGGAUUCUGGGACCUUUGAUCAAAGCCUGGGAUGAUAGCUUUAACGAAACAAGAAGUAACCUUUAAAGUGCCCCCUCUCCUUGCCCCACCUGUGACCAGGCUGCAGCUCCACGAGGAGGCGGCCAGCUGACGUCUGGCCAGUGUUGAAGCCGAGUCGGUGCCAGUGUUAGGGCCCGCGUUGGGAUGGCAUAGUGUGAAACGGGGGGCGUUGUUGUUCUGCGAGGCCGAGAGGCACGGUCCUCUUGUCUGGUACCCGUCACCCACGCUUCUGGGUGUUGGUGUUUUUUUUCCUGAACCUACAUUCUUUCUAAGAGUUCUGGGCCUUGUCCUGACAGUUUCAACUUUAGAAGGAGUUACAUUCCAAUGAGCAUCUUACAUGCCUCUGGCAUCCAAAUCCUAAACAAUAAGAUGAACGCCCGCCACUCCCCACCUCGAACAACAACAACAAAAGAACCCCACCUAGGUUUUCACGUGUCAUCACGCCCCACACACUUGGAGCUGGAGAGGCGACGAAGGUGUGUGAUUCCAGCUGGUGCCAUAGCUCACGGAGCGGGGAGGGGGUGGGCCUGCCUUCCGUAGUGACCUCAGAGCCUCUUGGUGGAGCCGCAGCCGUGUCGCACGGUGCACCGGGGCGCCCGUCAGUAUUGUGCAGGGGCCGGCGCAGUCACCGAGCCAGCUCCCAGCCCCGAUUGCCAUUCGCAGCUGCUGGCCACAGUGGCUGUGCUCGAACCACUUUUUAGCCAUUGUAUUUCCUCCUGAUGGUAUUUUUAAUGGACUUGGGUGUUUGCGCUGACGAGUUUUAUGUACUUUUGGGGAUGUCUCAGUCUUACGUCCCCCGCUGACGUCAGGAAAGUACCACUGUUUGUUUGCAGCCUGAUUGUGUAACCAGCCUCGCGGCUUCCAUGUGUGACACAGUCAUUAAUUCUGUGCGAGUGUGAAACACUUCUGUUAUGAAAGCAGUGUUCGGGAAAUAAGGAAUUAUUAAAAUGGUUACAGAAUACUAGUUAAUUUCCUCCCCACACUUUUCCUCCCUGACGUGUUGCUUUUGCCAGCUGCAGGCUCACCUCCGUGUCACUGCAGGAUUCUUAGACAAUGUGUUUAACCCUCUUACAUACACUUGGUUCUAAAGUCUGUAUUUCUUAUUUGGGAACGCGGUUAAGUUCUGCGGGGGGCAGAGUACGAGCUGUGAGGAGGGCGGAGAGGCCCUUCCCACCGGAUCUGAAGAUGGAUGGUUCCCCCGUGUUUUGUUUUAUACAGGUUUUGGCUUUCUCUAACUUUUAUUGUGUGUACUGAAACUGCGUAUGUAUUAUUCUGAUUGUUCUAGUUUACUACCAAUAAAAGACUUGUUAAUCACAAAA